CCUCUCUUCCCGGUCUCUGGGUCUUCCAGGCUGGAGCCUGCCUGGGGGCGGGGGGCGAGGGAGUGAGCACACGCGCGGACCCCCUUCUGGGCUCCCCUCCGCCUGCCCCUGGCGCUGUCCUGCACAGUUUGUGGGAUCGAGGACGCGUGGGACCCGAGCCUGGAGUCUUCUCUUAAGCGAUGUAGGGUCUGCAUGACUGGGAGGGUGCCUGGAGGGGGCCCCUUCGUGAGCCGGCCCCGGGGAGGGGAGUGCGAACGGGCCCCCUUCCGGCCUCCCCUCGGGCCCCCGCGCCCCGGGCGAACCUGCCCGGUGUGCAGAAGUAGUUUUGGCGAUCGCUGCUGGCGAACGGCGGCGUGGCGGCCGGAGCCUGAGCGGGGCUCGGCGUGCGCGUGUGUGUGUUGGGGAGAUUAGGACGCGACUUGAAUAUUUAUGAGCUUUGCUCGACACGGACUCGCCGUGUUUACUUGGCUCUUUGUUCCUCCCCCCUCCCCCGGCACACACUCACACUCACUCGCACACGCACCCCGGCCUGCAAACUUGCACGGCUCGGGGCGCGCCGCCGGGUGGCCUCGGCCCCCGCCCCGCCCCGCGAGCUGCCCCGAUGAGGCGGCAGCCACAGAACGGCGACCUCAAGAAGCAGCUCCACGAAAGGCAGCCGCGGAUCGCCGCGCUCAGCGACAAACAAGCUUUGGGAACGAUCACUGCAGUGCCUGUCACGGGUCCUCAGGUCAGCUCCUUGCAGAGGUUGGCCGGGCAAGGAGCGGCAGUGCUACCUCAGGUUAGGCCAAAGACUCUGAUUCCAGACAGCCUCCCCGUUGCCCCGGGCCGGGACCGGCCACCCAAGCAGCCCCCAACAUUCCAGAAGGCCACCGUGGUCAGCGUCAAGAACCCCAGCCCAGCCCUCCCCACCGCCAACAACACUGUCAGCCAUGUGCCAGUGCCCGGCAGCCAGCCCCAGGCCCUCGCCGAGCCCGCCGCCCUCGCCUCUCCGCUGAGCAGUGCGGGGGUGGCCUACGCCAUCAUCUCCACCUCCCCCAGCAAUGCCGCCGCCAUGGCCCCCAGCACCGCCGUGUCUGUGGUCAGUGACAGCAUCAAAGUCCAGCCUCUCCUCAUCAGUGCUGACAACAAGGUCAUCAUCAUUCAGCCUCAAGUGCAGACGCAGCCCGAGAGCACGGCAGAGUCGCGGCCGCCCACAGAGGAGCCAUCUCAGGGAGCUCAGGCCACCAAAAAGAAGAAGGAAGACCGGCCCCCGACCCAGGAGAACCCCGAGAAAAUCGCCUUCAUGGUAGCGCUAGGCCUGGUUACCACGGAACACUUGGAAGAAAUCCAGAGCAAGCGACAGGAGCGGAAGAGAAGAAGCACAGCCAACCCUGCCUACAGCGGCCUCCUGGAGACCGAGAAUCAAUUGAUAGGAAGAUGCGGAAGAGGAGAUGUCAGUUUAUUCCUAAUAGAGGCUCGCCGGUGGGCGUGGCUUCGUGUGAGAGGAAACGGCUGGCCUCCAACUAUCUCAACAACCCCCUGUUCCUCACAGCAAGAGAACGAGAUCACCCACGAUGAGCACUGUGCCGCCUGCAAGCGAGGGGCCAACCUGCAGCCCUGCGGCACCUGCCCGGGGGCCUACCACCUCAGCUGCCUGGAGCCGCCCCUCAAGACGGCGCCCAAGGGCGUGUGGGUGUGCCCCAGGUGCCAGCAGAAGGCCUUAAAGAAAGACGAGGGUGUGCCCUGGACUGGGAUGCUGGCCAUCGUGCACUCUUAUGUCACCCACAAGACAGUCAAAGAAGAGGAGAAGCAGAAGCUGCUGCAACGAGGCAGUGAGCUGCAGAACGAGCACCAGCAGCUGGAGGAGCGGGACCGGCGGCUGGCAUCAGCAGUGCAGAAAUGCCUGGAGUUGAAGACAAGCCUGCUGGCCCGCCAGAGGGGCACCCAGUCAUCCCUGGACCGCCUGCGGGCCCUCCUGAGACUGAUACAGGGCGAGCAGCUGCUCCAGGUCACCAUGACGACCACUAGCCCUGCCCCACUGCUGGCCGGGCCCUGGACCAAGCCCUCGGUGGCAGCCACACACCCCACCGUCCAGCACCCCCAGGGCCACAACUGACCCCGAGGGACCAGUCUUCAUACCCACGGAAAGUUAUUGGGACCCUGCUUACACAGCCUGGGGGUUCUGUCGGCCUUAAUUCAUAAACACGAUGAAUUUCAGACAAAAAUUAACCAGACAGAGGAGAGGAGGGAGGAAGAGCUGGGCGAGAGGCCUAGAGCCAGGACCAGGUGGGGGUGCGGCCCUGUGCACUCCACAUUCACAGGGGGUACCUAGGAGCCAGGUGGGGGUACGACAGGUUGGGGCACACAGUCCGCCCCCGGCCACCUCGGGGCUGCCUGGGCCUCUGGCUUCCAGGCCCUGCUCUCCACGGCCUCCCUCCGGCCCGUUGGAGGGGCAGGCUGAGGCUGUGGAGGGGACAAGCACACCCCCCAGCAUGCAGUCUCCACUGAGGGCACCGCCUCUUGGUGUCCUGUGGGAGGGCGAGCUGAGAACACAUGGACUAGCUGAGUGGUAGCGGUAGUUGGGACGAGAAGCGGGAUAGCGGAUCUAGGUAGUUCCCCAAUGCCCCACGCUCCUAGGAGGUCCACCUGGGGUGGGCAGGCGGGCCUGGGGCACUCCGUCGCCUUGGCAGAACCACCUGGGCCCCUUUCUGUCAGUAUUAUUAGGGUUACGAAUUGCAGCUGUUUAACUUGAAAGACACUGUCGGAGGUGAGCGUGUCUGGGCGCCGGGACGCUGCAGUGAUCCCCGCCAGAGCCUGUGCCCUUCCUGCUCCGUCUUUCGGGCCCUCAAGGCUGCCUCCUUCCUUUUGCCAAUCUCUUGGACUCAGUUUGCCGUUGAUGCGUUUUUCUCAUGGAGUUUCUGGGCAGAGUGGAGCUGCAACCCUGUUGUUGGGGGGCAGCAUUUGGCAGGUUUUCUCUUUGGGGUUGAAUCAUUCAACUUAAUGACCGAAGCCUUUUCUUGUCUCCUUUGGAAGAGCCGAUAAGUAUUCCACUCCUCCCUUCUUGCCAGUGCAGACACUAUGCCAAAAAAUAACUUCACACUUUU